AUGCAAAAAGCUAACCUAGCUUUUACAGCAGAAUCACCAUGCCUACAAGGCGACGAGAAUAGCUGUAACAGACCCGCCGCCCAUAAUGUCAAACCAAGCACUACUGUAUCAAAGAAGCGUAAGUCGGAUACAGUAGAAGACCGUCAAAAUAUAUCUGAAGUGGACGAUAAUGAUUACCGCCUCUAUGAGAUAGACGAGACGUGCAACGAGAUUCGCCGGAAGAUUAAAGACUUCAUUCAAGGUGGAAAUAUGAAAGUUGGAGACUUCCAGAAAGCCAUAGGGGUAUCUCCGGGUGCAUAUCAGCGAUUCAUGAAUCAUAGCGGAACCUACAAAGGCAAGGACUGCGACACAUACCCUAAAGCCUUUACGUUUUUCAAGAAGCGCGAGCUGCAAGGUCUCAAAGCAGUUCCGCCUAAGAGACCUAGGAAGAGCGAAAGUGAAGCUCUUGAUGUCAGCGAUAUAAAGCUUUAUGGCGAGGAUACGCAGAGUGUACCAGUGUAUGAUACGUGCGACGAGGUCCGCAAGAAGAUCCGGGCUUUUCUACGGAAGCCUGACAUCAGUCAGAGCGCCUUCUGCCGUGCUAUAGCGAAGAGUUUCCCUAAAGAAACACGUAUUCAAUCCAGGCAGCUUAACUGCUUCCUAGAUAAGAAGGGGCCUAUGUCUGGGAAUACAAGUUCUGUGUUUUACGGCGCUUACGUGUUUUUCGAAAAGCUACGCAUCAAAGAGGGUAGGCCCAAGUCAGAGAUGAGGCAAGAGAUGGAGAAAGUCCACCCCAACGGUGUGAAUACUACUGAUCUUCAGCUGUGGUGGACAUGUAGGAAUGAUGAGCGUCCAGUUUACGAUGCCUAUGGACGCAUCCACUUCGUCAACCCCCGCUCCUCCUUUACCCCUUUCCGUACCUAA